GUGUGUUAACUUCUGAUUACAUAGUACUUGCUAUUCAUGCCUAUUUCUGUGGUGUGCCAGCUGAUAUUCUUACUGUGAACAGCCAUGGACAAUCAAUUGGGAUUUUUUGUUCUCCUGACAGCUGCUUUUAGCUCAUAGUAUUGUUUUAGGUAAAGUACUAAAUUAUCAGCGGCCUUGCAAGUAUUUUGGCAACUGGAACAAAUACAAUGGUAUGGAGACAAAGUAUUCUAUUGUUGAAGUUUCAGGCGGAAUAUCUGGAGAUCUUUGGUUUGGCAAAUCUUGGUGGGGGCAUAUGUUUUGUUCAAAACCAACAUUGUUUUCCUUUGCUUUAUCAGAAAAUUAUUCGUUGUAGUUUGUACCUUAUAGUUGUCAGCAUGCAGAUGUACACCAUUUAGCUGUUCGCUUGUUGCUGUCAUAUAACAUAGGCUAGCUAGGCUGGAAUAAUCUUAAAUACCCAUGCUGCAUAGAAAUAAUGGAAUUAUUUUGUGUUACCCAACAGGGCUCAAACGGAAGGGGAUGGUCCCUUGAAAGCACACAUGAUUAGGUGGCGUUAUGAUUAUCCCUCAUGUCCUGUGUUUUAUCAUGUAGCAGACUCCACCUGUCUAGAAAAUAUCCUUGAUGCCAAAUAGCUUGAGUUCAUACACGACUUGACUGACCGGUAGCACACAAGAGGAAAGAUAAUGGGUGCGGUGGCAGAGGCUGCUAUGGGUUCAGUGAUAAGGAAGCUUGGCGAUUUGCUCACCGGCGAGUACAAGCUGUUCAAAGAAGUCAAGGAUAGUAUCAUGUUCCUUAAAGCUGAGCUCGAGAGCAUGCAUGGGUUCCUCAAGAAGAUGUCAGAUAUAGGGGAGGAGCCUGACGAGCAAACCAAGUGCUGGGUGGAUGAGGUGCGUGAGCUGUCCUACGAUAUUGAGGACAACAUUUAUGAUUUUUUGCUUCAUUUUGAACAUGAGUGCAAUAACACCCCCCAGCAUGGCUUUAGGGGAUUUAUUGAUAAGUGCAUAAAUUUGUUGGGAAACUUCGGUUCACAUUUUUUGCCUGGUCAUCAUCAUGAGACCAUAAAAGAGUUUCAAGGACUCAAGAGACGUGUUGUAGAGGCGAGCGAGCGGCGCAUGAGGUACAAGCUUGAUGAUGCUAUCUUGAAGCCAAACACAGCCAUAGAUCUUCGCCUUCUGGCACUCUAUGCGCAGACGGACGGCCUUGUUGGUAUCGAGGGGCCGAGGGAGAACCUAAUUCGAUUGUUGAUGGACAAAAAAAGUGUUUCUGCAGGGCAGAUGAAGGUGCUCUCAAUUGUGGGAUUUGGGGGCCUUGGUAAGACUACACUUGCAAAUCAGGUCUAUCGCCAACUAGAGAACCAGUUCGAGACUCGAGCUUUUAUUUCGGUGUCCCAGAAACCAAACAUAGGGAAAAUUUUGAGACAUAUACUUUCUCAAGUCGGUUAUGUAGCCCGGGAGGAUAACAACAUGGAAAUAUGGUAUGAGGAUGAUUUGAUCAGGACACUGCAAGAAUUCCUUAAGAACAAGAGAUAUUUUGUUGUUAUCGAUGACAUAUGGGAUGAAAGCACAUGGAAUAUUAUCAAAUGCGCUCUUCCAGAAAACAUAAAAGGUAGCAGAGUAAUAACAACUACACGGAUUGAUACUGUGGCUAGAGUGUGCUGUUCCAAUCAGUGUGAGUAUGUUUAUAGGAUGAACUCGCUAAGUAACCAAGAGUCAAGGAUGUUAUUUUUCAAGAGAGUAUUUGGUUCAGAAGAUGAUUGUCCUCCUUUUCUGGAGGAAGUUUCCGUUAAAAUUUUAAAAAGAUGCGGUGGCUUGCCACUCGCAAUUAUCACUAUAUCUAGCCUUUUAGCUAGUCAACGAAACAAACUGAUGGAUCAGUGGGAGAAUGUACUGAAUUCUUUGGGCUCCAGCUUGGAAGUGCAUCCCACCUUGGAAGGAAUGAGACAAAUACUAAGCCUUAGCUACAAAAAUCUACCUCAUUAUUUGAAGACAUGCAUGCUAUAUAUGGGUAUAUAUCCAGAGGAUUUCACAAUCGAGAAGAAUGAUUUGAUUAGGCAGUGGGUAGCCCAAGGUUUUGUCAGUAAAGCCCAUGGGCGAGAUCCGGAGGAUGUUGCAGAGGGCUAUUUUAAUGAGCUUGUCAACAGAAGCAUUAUUCAACCGGUAGAUACAGAUCCUAAUGAUGAGGUGCUGUCUUGCAGAAUACAUGAUAUGAUGCUUGAUCUUAUUCUACACAAGUGCAGAGAAGAGAAUUUUGUGACCGCAAUAAACGAGUUACAAGACAUGGUUGGAUUGCAUGACAGGGUUCGUCGACUCACACUCAACUUUGACGGUGUAAAUGUAAUAGAUGAAACAGUCUUGGGAGCCAUCCGGUUUUCACAAGUAAGAGCGCUUGCAAGAUUUGGUACAUCAGCAUAUACACCUGAUUUCUUAAAGUUCAAGCAUCUCCGGGUUUUAACACUUGAAUUUCCAAGCGGAAACCAUGAACCGGUGGUAUUUGACCUCAGUGGAAUGUGUCAUUUGUUCCAGUUGAGGUAUCUAAAAGUUGUAGCUUAUGGUAAAAUAGUGCUACCAGAGAAAAUUCGGGGACUGCAACAAUUGGAGACAUUGGAAUUAGAAACUUCAAUAUACUAUAUUGAAGUUCCAUCAGAUCUUAUUCAUUUGCGCAGGUUAUCGCACCUGAUAGUUCCUCGUGGAACACGUCUUCCCGUUGGGUAUGGUAACAUGACAUCCAUACGUACCCUGGGACAAUUUGAUUUGUCCUGGAACUCAGUAAACAACAUCAGAGACCUUGGAGGUUUGACCAAUUUGAGGAAUCUUGAAAUUGGCUAUACCAAUUGUAACUGUUCGGCGCAUGUGUGUACCAUAAGUAUGGAUGCUUUGAGCUAUGCCCUUGAGAAACUUUGCAGCCCAAAUUCUUCUUCUUGUUGCCUUCUUCAGAGACUACGUAUGUGGUGCAUGCUACCAAGGGUUCCCAAGUCGACAGGAGAGUUCCAUAACCUCCGCCACCUUGAACUUCAGGUAAUAGAAGUGGAGGGUGAUGUUGGAAUCCUUGCACGGCUGCAGUUACUAGUCUACCUGAAAUUAUACAUCUUUGGAACUCCUAAAGGGGUCAUCACGUUUGGAAGGGGAUUCCCUGUUCUCAAGUGUUUUAGCAUCACAUGUAUCAAGAUAUCGUCGCUGACCUUCGAGACAGGGGCCAUGUCCAAUCUCCAACGGUUGGAGAUAAAGUUCAACGCCCAUGGAUGGGUGCAGCAGGGCGCUCCACCUGUUGGCAUCGAGCAAUUGCAAGGUCUGAAGGAAGUCGUUGUAAGUAUUGGCUGCUGCUUCGCAAAGGAGUCCGAUAGAAAAGCUGCAGAGUCUGCUCUGGGAAAAACCAUUGAUGUGCACACAGGUGGCCCUAUAGGUAACAUCAAGUGCAAAAACAGCUUCUUCUGGUUUGAAGACUUCGGAUGGCGGGAUAUCAGGAUUACUGACGAUUUUAACUUUAGCACUUGAAGGCCAAAUGCCGGUACGUAAAUACGCUUGUAGA